CGCAGUGCUGUCGUCGCCCUCAUCCUUGCAAUCCGUAUCCAUUCUGGCUGAAGCCGUAUUGUUUCUAGGCGGCGUGUGCUCAGCUCUCCGGACAGGUUCGCGGAAUGGCGUGGCUCGGCCCUUGCGCAAAGGGCAUCUUGCAGGGGAUCGUUCAGGCAUCGGCCGCGAAGAGCAGCAAUGCCCUCCUCCUUGCGGAGCCGGCUGCGGCAUCAUCUCAAAGCCUCCGACGCCGUGGACCUGGCGGCCCUGCCCACCAUGGACGAGCUGCCGGGCCUCUGCGCCGGCGGGGGACAGACGCGCGAGCCCUCCGGCGGCAGCGGCGAGCACUCCUCCCAGGACUGGAGCAGCGACUCCGGGCGCACCGCCGCCGCCCCGGAGCCCGCGGCCGGCACCCCGCCGGCGGGCUUCUCGGCGGAGGAGGUGGACGCGCGGAUCCGCGAGGCCGCCCGCGGCGUGCGUCCGCUCGCGGGCAGCGGCCUGGAGCUGGUGCGGACGCUGCAGGAUGCGCCCCGCAACCAGGGGCGCGUGGACCUGAUGCGCGUCGUGUCCACGGGGAGUUUCGUCGCCGUCAAGCGCAUGCCCAACAGCUGGGUGAGGACCGGUCCAGAGGACUUCACCACGAGCAGUGAGGCCGGCUGGUUCUGGGGCAGCUCGGGGUCCCUGGAGCUGCCAUGGGUCGACAUCGGUCUGAGCGCGUACCUCAGCGAGCAGGGCUUCCCAUACGCCUGCAAGCAGCUUGGCGUCUUCCGGGACUAUGAGUUCACAUACGUUACCAGCGCGUACUGCCCGGGCGGCGACCUUUUCGGAAUGAUGGACCGCGACCCGAGUCCCGGCGAGGCCCGCGAGAGCAUGAUCCGCCCCAUCAUGCUGCAGGUGUGCUCUGCCGUGAGGUGGUUGCACAGCCGUGGCGUUGCGCAUCGCGAUAUUUCAUUGGAGAACAUCCUCCUGGGCGGCGAAAACGAGAACGAGGUGAAGUUGAUAGAUUUUGGCAUGGCUACGCUCAGCAGGACCUGCAAGCAGAGCUGCGGCAAGAGGUCAUACACUGCCCCCGAGAUGCUCAAAGGCCCGCACGACCCUUUCACCAGCGACGCGUUCGCCGUCGGCGUGGUGCUCUACAGCCUCGCAUCUCGCGCUUAUCCUUGGAACUCGACGAGGCCCGGCAAGUGCCAGCUUUUCGACUUCAUCUGUCAGCACGGCCUCCGGCGAUACCUUCAGAAGCGGCGAGUGUGGAGAGGCAAUGGCAACCAGACCCUGUCGCGGGUAUUCAGCGAGCCGCUGGUCUGCCUAGUCGAGGGCCUGCUCAGCAUGGAGCCGGCGAGUCGGACGACGAUCUCCGGGCCGCGCCCCCUGAGCGGCGAGGGCCGCCCGAGCGUGUGGGACGCCCCUAUCGCCGAUCUAGCGUAUCAACAGUUCCGUUUCGAGGUUCCCCCCCCUUUGAGCCGGUGCCCCGCCGUCGCUGCCCCUUCCAGCGCCGGGCUGGCCUCGGGGCUCUGCGCGGGCCUCCGAGCGCGUGUGGCCGUGUGGCCACGUGCAGCUCUGUGGCCCUUCUCCAGAGCCGCGGGUCGCGCGCGCGCUGCUCUCCCGACCGGCGGGGGCCCGGGAGGCGGGCGCCCGACCUGGGGGGCUCUUGCCGUUGCAUCUGUCCACCUGCCCUGGGCCUGACCCGGGCCCAUCAGUGGAGCGCGCCCUGCAGGGGCCGACCACCACAAGAGGGCGACGGCGAGAGAGCCUCGUGUGCAGAGCGGCCUCGACCGCUGGGCGGCCCGGCAGGUGCCCCCGCGCGCGCUCCUCUUCGCGGCGUUUUUCGGAACUCGUCCCGUCCUCGGGACGGCGAGUUUGACUUUUCCUAUGGCAGAGUUUUGUCUGUCGCUUUUCCGGUCUGCCAGGGCAUCUGUCUGCCGCUCUUCUGCUUGCCGGCGGGGCCGUCUGCCGCCCGGCAGCCUGCGGGCGGCCGGCCUCGUCGGGCACACGACCACGCGCGGAGCGGAACGCCCUUUGUGAGGGACCGCCCCGCCGCGUAAUUGUCAUGCAAUCCCGAAUGCACGGUCGGCCGCGUCUUGGCGCGCGUGCACGGUUGGACGCGCCUCAGGCUAUGGGCAUGCUAUUCAGUAGGACCCCAGUGCACCUCCUCGGGCGGAGCGCGCUGCCGCGCAUCGUCACCGAGAGUGUGCAUCACCGGAGCGUGUGCUCACCAGAUGGGCUUUGCCAUCCACCAAGCUGGUUGGGUUGUUCGAAGUCCCGACGGUUGCGGCCGAAGUACAGGGUCAGGUCGGCCAACUUCUUGUAAUUACUUUUUUCAUGACUGCCACCAGUCUGGGCAGAGUGCACGCCUCUGCCAGAGGCGCGACGAAGAGAUAUGCUCCUACCUCCAAGAGUAGGAGGAGGGGAGGAUCCACUUGCCCUGGCACGCGAAGUGAUCGGUGCGAGCAAUGCGCUGUUCGGUGCGAGCGAGGCUGGAGGUAGCGGCAGCAUUAUAUUUCACUCUCCCAGCUCGCUUGGACGAGCCAUGGCUGCAAACUUGGGGCCGUUGAGCUCAUUCUUCCCUGUCGCUAGUGAUCCCCCUACAGACGAGGUUAGUGGCAGCAGGCGCUGGCGGCGACCAGCUUGACUUGUUCAAAAAGCGCGGGCCGCGUGAGCGGCACUGCAGUCCGUUCUUCCCUUAAUUCUCCUCACCCUCCUCAUCCUCCUGCUCGUCCGUAGCCAGUUUGGCCCAAUAUGCUUUCUUCCACUGCGGAACACGCGGAGACCUCUGACCCGAGGCUAGCUCACAGUCUUCCUCGGACGCAGCCCCUCGGUGAGCUUUCGGCGACCAAGGCCCCCUUCCCUCUCACGCCUCGGCUGCUGCAUCGGGGCCUGCCGCCCGCGCCCCGCGUGUUUGCGAGGAGGUGGCCGUUGACGGCUCCCGCGCCUCGCGAGCCGCCUCGCAGCACCGCCUCGACCGCCCCCGCGCCUCGGCGUGGGCGGCGGGCCAGCGAGGAGAAGCGCCGCAGGGAGGGGGCGCAGCAGCCACGGCCGCACGGCGCGGGCGGGCCGCCGCGGCGGCGAGGCCU